UUUCAUUACCGUUCUAACUUUCAUUGCCUUACAUACUUCAUGCCAUGCUUGUUGAUUCAUCCACGCCAACUCUGUGAUUGGCUGAGAGUGUGAGAAAGUGCAGAGGCCCACAUUGAUAUGGAGAUGUGGGACUAUAAAUAGGAGGGUGCUGACAUGGUGGACACACAUGCAGCCAUGGCACCUCCAAGCACUGCAGCAUCUCAGCAGCAUGUGACCCUCACACACAAGCUCAGAAAGCCUCUGGUGGAGAAGUUACGGCGAGAGCGGAUCAACGGCAGCAUCCAGCAGCUCAAGUCUCUGCUGGCUCCGGAGUUCCUCACGCGGCAGCCCGACUCCAAGCUGGAGAAGGCCGACAUCCUGGAGAUGACCGUUUGCCUCCUGAGGCGGCUGAAGUCCUCGGACGGCGCCGCCUUUCACGGGGGUUACUCCAGGUGCGCCAGGGAGGUGGCGCACUUCCUGUCGGAGGAGAGGGCCAGGACGCACAUCCUGCGGCUGGGGUCUUCCUGCGAGGAGGAGCCCAGAAAGGAGGACUCGUCUCCUCGGAGCGUCACCAAGGAGGAGAGCUCGGGCCCCUGGAGGCCUUGGUAGACCCUCAGGACGUCGCCUUUUGUGAAGGCUUACUCUCGCUGUGUAAAGACAGGUGUUCCCCAUGGGAAUGCACGCCGAUAUUUCCUCCAUCAUGUGUGGUGAAUUUGUUGUGUUUCUCCACUUAGGAGCACUUUUCACACAUGUUGAACAUGUUUCCGUCAUUUUGACAAGCUAAUCUGCAUUUUAGCCAGAUGUUGAAAUGUGCUGCCUCUGUGAGUGCCGGCACAGGUCCUCAAAUGAAUGUACUCCUCUCAAACCAAGGCCUUGGCAAUAAAACAAUCAUGAAAAAACAA